CGUCCAUCUAUUUCCUUUAUAGUUCGAGAUUUCAGACUCUUCAAUCCCUCUCUCUACCUCGCCGUCUCGAACCGUUCCUUUUGGGUUCUCUGCUCUCAGGGUUUGCUGAGAUCCGAUCGUUUGGGCAAAGAUGUUUGGAAGGCCGAAGAAGAGCGAUAAUACCAAAUAUUAUGAGAUUCUUGGAGUCUCGAAGAAUGCGUCGCAAGACGAUCUAAAGAAGGCUUAUAGAAAGGCCGCCAUCAAGAACCAUCCUGAUAAAGGUGGCGACCCUGAAAAAUUCAAGGAGUUAGCACAAGCCUACGAGGUGCUGAGUGAUCCAGAGAAACGUGAGAUAUAUGAUCAAUAUGGCGAGGAUGCCCUCAAGGAAGGAAUGGGAGGUGGCGGUGGUCAUGAUCCAUUUGACAUAUUCCAGUCUUUCUUUGGUGGAAGCCCGUUUGGUGGUGGUGGAAGCAGCAGAGGCCGAAGGCAGAGAAGGGGAGAGGAUGUUAUCCAUCCUCUCAAGGUCUCGUUGGAAGAUCUCUACAACGGUACUUCAAAGAAGCUCUCUCUUUCACGUAAUGUAAUUUGCUCAAAGUGCAAGGGUAAGGGUUCUAAAUCUGGUGCUUCAAUGAAGUGUCCUGGCUGUCAAGGUUCUGGUAUGAAAGUUUCCAUCAGACACCUUGGCCCCUCUAUGAUUCAGCAAAUGCAGCAUCCUUGCAAUGAAUGUAAAGGAACUGGUGAGACCAUCAAUGAUAAAGAUCGCUGCUCACAAUGCAAGGGUGAAAAGGUUGUUCAGGAGAAAAAAGUUUUGGAAGUUAUUGUGGAGAAGGGUAUGCAAAAUGCACAAAAGAUUACAUUCCCUGGUGAAGCAGAUGAAGCGCCCGACACUGUUACUGGGGACAUUGUCUUUGUCCUACAACAAAAAGAGCACCCCAAGUUUAAGAGAAAGGGCGAUGACCUCUUUGUAGAGCAUACCUUGUCUCUCGUCGAGUCUCUGUGUGGUUUCCAAUUUAUUCUGACUCAUUUGGAUGGCCGACAGCUACUCAUCAAAUCACUUCCCGGUGAAGUAGUGAAGCCUGACCAAUUCAAGGCCAUAAACGAUGAGGGUAUGCCUAUGUACCAGAGGCCAUUCAUGAAGGGCAAACUUUACAUCCACUUCAGUGUUGAGUUCCCAGACUCCUUGAACCCCGAACAGUGCAAGGCGCUGGAGGGCGUUCUGCCUCCCAGGACCUCAGUGCAGCUCUCAGAUAUGGAAUUGGAUGAAUGUGAAGAGACCACUCUCCACGAUGUCAACAUUGAAGAGGAGAUGCGCAGGAAGCAAGCACAAGAGGCAUACGAUGAAGAUGAGGAUAUGCACGGUGGUGCACAGAGAGUGCAGUGUGCUCAACAAUGAUCUCGAUUAAACUCUGGGGGAGGAGUGGAGCUACCGCCAUAACACAUUGAUUGAUGAUUAAGACAUUAUGAAAAUUUUCAGAGAACAACACCAAUGAAGGAAAUGGAUCUACCAACAACAGCACAACACCACCGGGCAGCAGCAGUCAUAUCUCAUAUCCAAAUUUUCUCAAUAAAUAGAUGAAUUUUAUUUUCUAAUUCAGUCAGUAGGAUUACGAAGUAAGCUUUCUGGAAUUUUUAUGUUUUUGUUUUUUUUUUCUUUUUUAUUAUGUGCUAUUUUUCUAGCUUUACCAAGAAUUCAAAAGAUUAUGUAUUGGAGUUGCAGAUAUAAAUAGGAUUGAUUGGGAAACAGAAAGAUCUUUGGUUCUUUUCUGUGAACUGUGGUUUCAAGUGAAAACUUCCCAAGAUUUAUUCUUCUUAA